UAGAAAAUAUUUGCAAAAAUUGACUAAAAUGAAUUAAUGUAAGUUGCAAUAAAUGCAUAAGAGUCAUCUACUUAGUUUUGCCAAUUACCAAGUAUUAAAAAUGAUUUGCUUUGUAUUGACAAAAAUAAUAUGUUGAUUCUAAAAAAAAUUUCAGGAAGGAUAGGAGUAUAUUGUAGAUUAUGGCGUUAUAAUCAGCAAAUAUAAAAGUAGUUUUUAGAAAAACAAAAAUGGCCACAGCUCCUAUUCCUGACUUAAAAGAUCUGAUUGAUCAGGCCAAGGGACUAUUCAAGGAAACAUUCGGGGAGGAGCCACAGGUUGGAGGCUCUGCACCGGGCAGAGUAAAUCUGAUUGGUGAGCACACUGAUUACAAUAUCGGAUUUGUACUGCCUAUGGCGCUACCUCUUGUCACCGUUGUUCUCGGGAAAAAGUCAGGUUUUGGGACCUUAAAGGGACUGUUAUAUCUAGGGAACAUACUGUAUUAUUAUACUCUACCGCAUAUAAUUUGGAAUGGGAUGAGUAGGAUUAGAAGUGAGAAAGAUGAUGAUAUUGCAGAGUUUGAUGUUAAACAACUGACUCCAGGUUCCCCCUCAUGGGCCAACUAUGUUAAGGGUGUUGUUGCUAACUUCCAUGCUCCUGACUUGAUUCCCAACUUCAAUGAUGUUGUUGUUGGUUCAGUUCCUCUUGGUGGAGGAGUUUCAAGCUCAGCCUCAGUUGAGGUUGCCAUGUACACCUUCUUAGAGGAGUUGACUGGCUCCACAGCAGGCUCAGAUGAAGAGAAAGCUUUGGCUUGUCAAGCAGCGGAACAUCAGUAUGCUGGUAUGCCAUGUGGUAUAAUGGACCAGUUCAUUACUGUAAUGGGAGAGGAGGGAAGUGUUGUAUUGAUUGAUUGCAAAACAAUGGAAACCAGAUCUUUGAAAACUGUUUUCAUCUAACAGACGAAGUCAGAACCUCAUCUAUUAUUCACCGGAUCGGAGGAGAAGAGUUCUUUCUUCAGAAUAACGUAGAGGGAAGACCCUGUGUGCAAACUACUCUUACAAAGUGACCAGGAUACAAAAUAUAAGACUCUGAGCCAAGAGAAGUGAUAAAUGUCCGAGAAAAGAACAAAAUAUAAAGAGGAAACAUGUAUAGAUAGACACAUAGUUGACGAUUGUAUGAAUCAGUGAUGUGAAAAAUAACAGAGCAGGUGUCCGAACGCUGUCAAUCAGGAUCAGCAACAGGGAACACUUAGGAAUUUUAGAAAUGAAUAUUUCCUUCUAAUUUUAAAUUUACUAUAUUAUAACCUUUAAGGAUUUUUCUCUUGUAGAGUAAAUCUACCCCUUCAUAGGAUCUUAGUCUCAGCAAACAAAAAUAUGAGAAUUUUGUCAUAUUAUUGUUUGCAUUAUGCAAAUAUGUCAAGGGUUAAUAUGGGUCAUUCGUGUUUGCUCAAGGAGCAGAAGGUGUUUUGAUUUGAUACAGAAACCAUCUGUACCAGCGCUGAAAUAAGAGAAUUUGAUUGGAUAAUGAUGGCGGUAAUGUGCGUUGGUCAAACGGCGAUUUAUUUCCGGGUAUAAAAGGUCUUACGACGGUAAAGGCACCGAACAGUAUGAAAAAUCAGUGACCCAAGGUUGAGCUAAGCCCGAUCGUAUACAAUCAGGUUUUAAUGACAUUAAAGUUAUAUUAAAGUCAACUCAAUUUUCUGUUCCGGGUUUGUUUAUAUAUUCAUACAGUAGUUUAUUUUGGUUUCAAUCUCAUCUUUUCCAAGCAGACUAGUUAUCGGAAAAGAUUAUUUGCAACUUUGUUUUAGUUGAAUUUUCUUGGCAAGUUUUAAGAAAUUAGUCAUUAACCCUCGAUUUCACGAGCAAGGUUUUAUUCCCUUGUAGUGAAUAAAGUGAAAAUAGUGAUUAAACGAAAUAGUGAACCCGACCACGCAGCCAUUGGUGAGUCUUGUUUUAUUAAUAAGUCCAUAUAUCCACAUUCUCUAUUUCAGCUAAAAGUGUUAGAUUGACGUAAAAGGAAUCGUUGUUUAAUCCUUGACAUAAAUAUUAAAAUAGUGCAUCUUUCUGAAAUUUAGUUCAAGUCCAAUUGUUUCCGACUUUGAACUUCUAGUUUGAGAAAAUAAACCACUAAA